UUCAGAGAUGCUUUGCUAUGGGAUAAUAUCUGGGCGCUUUCAUUUACUACUCUUCUGCCUUUACUAACCACGUUUGGAUGUCCCAUCUUGCAAUAUUAUAAUCAUUACAGGUUUUGCCAGUUUCAUCAAUCAUCAUCGCCGACAAAUAAUGUGACGAAAUCAUUUAUCCUCAUGAAAAUAGUUUCGUUAGGUAUCAGUGAUGAUGUAUACGGAUUUUUGAUUGAAGGUGCAAACAGUCAAGUCACGUUAACAGCUGCUGAAAUUUUACCAUUAUAA